AUGAAACUUCAGACCCACACAGCUGAGUCAAGUAUCAUCAGGAGCCACCCUGGCUCCCUGCGCAUUGCUUGGGAAGUCCCAUUCUACCAGAAAAGUAUACGUGACUGGAAUCCAGCAAGUGUUCUAGCUCUUCCAAAUUUUGUCAUUGAGAAAGCUGACUUCCUUCUGGAAAAUGCCUCCAUUCAUACAUUGGUUGCCACAAUUACUGUGUCUGUCUCACCUCAUGCUUCCCUGAUUGGAGAUCCUGUCAUCAUUAACAUGAAUCCUGUUGUCCAUCCCUUUGUGCUGUCUCAUAAAUCCUCACAUCAGUGGGAAUUACACACCACUGGAAAACCCAAGCUGGACUUUGAAACAGUGUCACUCUACUCCCUGGUCCUCUAUGCCAAAGAUGACCAAGGGGCUACAGCAUCCCAGACCAUGAUAAUCCAGAUUGCAGAUGUGAAUGAGCCACCCAUCUUCAUUGGUUCGCUUGCUCAGGAAGAUCAAGCUACUGAGAUUUAUAUCCAGGAAGACACUGCCCUAGGCACAAUCAUUUACAGAGCAGUGGCCAAGGAUCCAGAGGAUGCUGUUUUGGAGUACUUCAUUUCCCCGGAGGGCUCUGGCUUUACAAUUGACAGCGUUGGAACAAUUUCUACAGCAACAGUUUUUGAUUUUGAAAGUGAAGCUAGAAGUUUAUUCAGCACUGAAAACUCUCUGUCAAAUACUACUUCUGUAAAUUCAACUCUACACAAUAAAGUGGAUAUCACACUGAAUGAAGAAAUCCCAAUUGGUACUACAGUUGGAAUAUGCCAGGCAACUGAUGAAGAUAACUUGGGAGACUUAACCUUUCAACUAGAGCCACAAAAUAUUCAUUUUGCAGUUGACAAAGAGCAUGGGAUCGUGGUUACUGCUGGUCGCCUUGAUGUGGAGAGAGCUGGCUUUGCACAUGUUCAGUCCUUCACCAUUAAGGCUUGUGACCAGGACCAGCGGUGUGUGAAAAUUUCAGUGACUGCCUAUAUUCAAGGCAUUAAUGACAACAAACCUUUCUGUGAUCAAUAUCUGAUUAGGUACACAGGUGUAGAGGUGAUCAAAAAAGAUACAAUAGUUGCAAAACUCUUGUGCCAUGACCUAGAUGAGCCACCAGAUACCAUCCACUAUGCUCCGGGCUUGGGGCCAAUUGGUGCUGGACAACUCUUUAAGCAAGUGCCAAAUGCUGAAAAUUUUAUCCAGGUUGCUAAGGAAUUGGAUUAUGAAAACCCAGAAAUAAUUGCAGCUGGACAUAUCUAUGAAAUGAAAAUUUCAGUAUUUGAUGACUUACAUUCCUCACACACAGUAACUGUGACUGUCAUCAUAGAGAUUGCUCCUGCCAAUGAUUUCAGCCCCGUGUUUGAGGUCUCGCACUAUUCAUUCUCUGUUCCAGAAACAUCAGGAGCUUUCUAUAAAGUUGGAAAAGUUACUGCCAUUGAUGAAGACUACCCCAGCUGUGUGAGGUACAAGAUAACUAAUGGAGAUGUCCAGAUUAUACAAAAAUUCUGGAUUCAUCCUCUCUCUGGAAUGAUCGAACUCACCACACAACCAGAUUUCGAGACUGUGAAGCAAUAUAACCUCACUGUGGAAGGGGUGGACUGUGACAAGUUUCAUCCUCGAACAGCAACAACUGUGGUCACUGUCAACAUUGAAGAUGAGAAUGACGAAGCACCUGUCUGUACACCGUCUCUAUAUCAGGCAGUCAUUCUCGACAGUGUUGUUGCUGGAACAAACAUCAAUGGAUUUAGCCUAAACUGCCAUGAUAGAGAUUCACAAGACUUUGAAAUGCGCUUCGAAAUGGUUUCUGGAAAUGAGAAACAACAUUUUGGAUUUGACCCAACUCGUGGUUCAAGUUCUCCAAAAUUAAUUGUGAAGAAUCCCUUUAACUUUGAAUCUGGAGCUGAACGGCAAUGGCGGUUCCAUCUUGUAGUGCAUAUUAUUGAUGACAACCUGAAAUACAGCAAAGCCACCAACCCCAGGACAGGCACGGCUAUUAUAGAUAUUUAUGUGACAAGGGCCAAUACUCCACCACCUCCAACCACUAAUUUUGAACAAAGGAAAGGUCUCACCAUUAUGUACACAGCUAUCAACACAUACAAAUCCAGUGACUGGUACAUUCCUUUCAUCUUCACUCUGAUGGCUGUUUUCUUUGCUGCUUUGGUUUCCUGGAUGUGUUUCCUGCUUUGGCGAUACGGAAACACUAUAGAAUGUUGCCAGAAAGCCAAGGAUGUCUCCAAAGCCAAACUUAAGUAUGUGGUUUACCAUUCUUAG